UUGGUGCCGGCGCCAUGGCGGGUCUGCUGCGCGCGCUGCGGGGCCUGCCCCUGCGGCAGGCGGCCGGGCCGGCCCGGGGUUGCAGGGGGUCGGGACGCGGGGACGCAGGCUCUCUUACACAGUCCAAGCCCUCUCUGCGGGAGGCCGACUGGCAGAAGAAACUGACCCCUGAGCAGUUCUAUGUCACCAGAGAGAAAGGAACUGAAGCGCCUUUCAGCGGGAUGUACUGGAACACCAAGGAGACAGGGAUGUACCACUGUGUGUGCUGUGAUAGCCCACUCUUCAGCUCUGAGAAGAAGUACUGUUCUGGCACUGGCUGGCCUUCAUUUUCUGAGGCUCAUGGCACAAGAGGCUCAGAUGAAAGUCACACAGGCAUCCUGAGACGCCUGGACACUUCCUUAGGAUGUGCUCGCAUGGAGGUGGUCUGCAAGCAGUGUGACGCUCACCUUGGCCAUGUGUUUCCUGAUGGACCUGAGCCCACUGGCCAAAGGUUCUGCAUCAACAGUGUGGCCCUGAAGUUCAAACCAAGCAAGCACUGACCAUCUCCGGGAGGCCGUGCUCUGCCCUCCCUCGUGGAGCCUCGAUUCCACAAUUCAGGUGGAUGCCUUGCUUUACCUGCUGUAGGUGAAGGUUGUUACUGGUGGCAGGGAAGCCACAGCUUCUUAGUCACCUAAAACAACUCAAUCUGAGUUGUUCACUUGGGUGGUAGAAUUUCAACUGGCUGCCAAGGCUUUGGGUGGGACCACAGGGUGGGGUUCUCAGAGAAUUUCAACAGGUUCAUGGGCUGAUGGGGGUCCCCAAACCACCUGAAGGGAACCUGAAUUGGCCAUCUCAGUUAAUUCCUUCAUGGACAUACACAGGUGAGGGUUCAAUGGGGAGAGAAAGGAAUAGAUGGGAUGGAAGGGACUCGAGAUCCCAAUAUGGAAGAGGAGGUUGGUGUGGCCAAGCAUGGGAGACACACAGUGAUGUGUGAGACCCAUGGUUUCUUAUAAAAAUGUCACUAACUCUACCUUUCAACUCACAGGUGGAAUCUAUGUGAGUAGAGCCAACUUCCAUGAUUAUGAUAACGUUCUUCCUCAAUUCUUUGCUACAACAAUAAACUUCAAAAUAUUCAAAUACAAUAUUGAGAUCAAUGCUUA